UCUACCGGCAUUGCCUACCUGCCUAUCACCGUACGUUCACCAACUCAUCACAGAAGACACAUGUUGUGAGGAUGCAGACAAGAGUGUCUUAGAUGAGCAUGGACUUAUUGAUUUUGCGUACAUUAAUAGCAAACUUAAAGAUUGCUGCGUGGAACCAAUUGAUCAAAGCAUCAACCUCAGAGGGAGCAUUUGCUCUCUGGCUCCUUUAAUAUGUGGAGUGGAGAAACAUUUUAAAACUGUGUCUUGGAAUUCAUUUCAAGAAAAAUAUGGAAAGUUAAUGAAAUGGACAGGCCAAGAACAGACCUUGCAGCAGGUUUGGCUCGAUGUGUUUGAAGGCGAUGAUGAAGAGAGACCUGUGGACGAGUUGACGGCAUUGCUCGUAACCUGUGCAAUUCUGGAGCGAGGUCUGGGAGAUGUGUAUGUUUUCACUGCUAAAAGCCAAAGCCCUUCAAUGCUUAAAGAUAUCCUGUCUUCAAAGGCGCUUGAAGAAUUCCUAGGGUCUGAUGUAAUGAAAGUAUUACAGCUGUUUCUUGGCCCUCCAUCAUCAUUAAACUUGAGGAAUGUUGCUUGGCAUGGCUUUCCUUACCCUGGGGAAAUACCAUUCAGGUGUAUACUGUUCUUGCUGGUGGUGAUACCCAGUGUUGGCCAUAUUCUGCAGAGGAAACUAGGUGAAGGGCAGAUUACUCACAGAGAGCCAGUUAUGUUUCCUCAUACCAGACAUAUAUCAGAACUGAAGGUUCUACAAGAUGGAGAUGAAAUCUGUCAAAUAUGGGAUACAAGACUUGUAUCUUGGGACACACAUCUGUUUUGGAAUAAAGUACAAAAACUGUUUGGGAAACAAAGGCAUAGUGAAUGCUGUGCAUUGUUGCUGUAUUACCUGGAGCAAGGUUUGAGGGCAGUUUACACAAGUGUAAAUGACUGUCAGUCUCGGCUGCUUACUGCAGAGGCAACUGCACUAUAUACAACACUGGAUGAGAUUCUGAAUCCUUACUUACCCAACAAGUCUGCCAACAAGAUAGAGAGAGUGUUAGGGCACCAAUUUUUAGAGAUGAUUCUAGACCAUGUGUCGUACGCCAAAGGGCCGCGGGUGCGAGACCAUCUCAGUCAUGGCGAAGCAUCAUGGCAAGAGUUUCCAGGGGAACUUGUCGAUAACAUCGCCACCAUCUGUUUUGUUAUCUCAGCCAUGUUUCAUAAACAAUCUGCAAAGAGUGUAGUACCAGACGGCAAACUCUGCCAACUGUGGUCUGAUGUUCAGUCUUAUAAAGUUCAGUUUCAUAGGAUCAGUAUAAUUGAAUGCCAGAUUUGUGACGUUUUCAAGAGUUUGUCGGAUACAGAAAGGGCCGUCACAACUAAUCCUGACCUAACAGAAAGAAAUGGAGCCCUGAACAUUGCAGAGGAAGCCAGUAGUUUGAUUCAGCGCUGCAAAGACCUGGUUCUUUUAGUGGAGAGGCAUUGGCCUGAUCACAAAUUAGCAAACUGCUUUGAUUUUAACACAUUUGGCAAAUGCUGUCACAUUUUGGAAACAGACUUCUGUUUGAAGACCAAAACACUGUUCAGAGAAUGCAAGGAACACGCCAACAUGGAAAGUGAAGUGUUAUCCCAUCUGGACCAUGUGGUGGAAGAGUGUUUAGUGGUCGUUCAAAACGUGCAGGCUUUUGUCUGUUCCCGACAGCAGCAGAUGCAGGCUAAGCUACUACGGUCUCGGCAGAGAGAAAACUACAGAAAAUUCCUAAUAUGGUGCCCAACAUUCUGUGUGUGUGCCGCCACCUGCUCAUACCUUUGCCUAUGGCAGCUGGACACAUUGGACAGUCUCCAUACAGAGCCUGCAGUGAAAGAAAAGAAGCAUUUCUUAAGGUUUUGGAAAACUGUCUUACAGUUUUGUGAAAAUUUGCGUGUUUACUCCAGUCCAGACAGAAACAAGUGGGUAGAAGGGGCAGAUCUCAUUACUCAGAUCAUUGACUUCCUGAAGGCAAAUAUUCAACCAAUAGUAUUGUGUCUGUGUGAUGAUGUAGCCAACAAAUUAUCAUGGUACUUGUAGACUUUAUAUUUACUCAGUGUGAUAGUAUUGGCGAGAAAACAACAGCAAUUCACAGUUGUGAAGAGAAAAGCAAUGUACAGUUGUGAACAGAACAGCAAUGCACAGUUGCUAACAGAACAAAAAAAUCACAGUUUUUAACAGAACAGCAAUGAACAGUUGUGAACAAUACAGCAACGCACAGUUGUGCACAGAUCAGCAAUGCACAGUUGUGAACAGUGGCUGUAUAAUCUUGAUUAAAUGUUUAGAGUUAAAUAUAUAGAGAUUUCUAGAUUAGUGUUUAAAAUAGGAGUGAAUCCUGUUCUGCUGGAAACAUGGCUAAAUGUGUGUGUGUAAAGUGUCGUCCGGGAUUUGCUUGUGAAGUACGAUUCUUUCCCCUUUUAUGGAAUUUUUGGUUUAAAGGAAUCUUCUAAAUUAGAAUCUAAUUAAUGCAGAAAAUGUUGUCCCUUCUUUACAUGUGUGAACUGAACAGGCUAAUAUGGGUCAUGACUGCCCACAUGCAUUAAACUGAACAGGCUAAUAUGGGUCAUGACUGCCCACAUGCAUUACAUGUGUGAACUGAACAGGCUAAUAUGGGUCAUGACUGCCCACAUGCAUUACAUGUGUGAACUGAACAGGCUAAUAUGGGUCAUGACUGCCCACAUGCAUUAAACUGAACAGGCUAAUAUGGGUCAUGACUGCCCACAUGCAUUACAUGUGUGAACUGAACAGGCUAAUAUGGGUCAUGACUGCCCACAUGCAUUACAUGUGUGAACUGAACAGGCUAAUAUGGGUCAUGACUGCCCACAUGCAUUACAUGUGUGAACUGAACAGGCUAAUAUGGGUCAUGACUGCCCACAUGCAUUAAGCCCCAUUUUCCCAGAACAAGGCUCAUACUCAGAAUUGAAUAUUAAGAGAAUGGGAUUAGUGUUUAAAGCAGAUUAGUUUAUUUAGCAAGGCUAAAAAAAACUGAACAACAAGUCAUGGCAAGUGUUUCACAUUUGGUUUCAGAGCAAAUUAAAUUAUCUUCAUUUAACACUAACAUGUUACAUGUAAUAUUUAUUAUUUCUAUUUAUCUCAUUAUUUUCUUUCUUCUGUCUUUAUUUGAUUUACAAAAGAAAAUGACGAACAAUACAAAAAGCAAAAGUGUUCAAGGGACAUCUUAAACCGUGCCGUGUUGACAUACUCAGUAAAGCUUAUUUAUACAAUGAGCUUUAUUUUGACAGUGCACACCCAAACUUUACAAAGAAAAAUUCGUCCUUAUAUUUAAAAAUGUUACAACUUGUUUUUGAAGCCUUCACAAUGGUAUUUUACAUCUAAUUUACUAAUUAUCUUUGUUAUAAAUUUUUUGUUUUAUUAGACUAUUAAAGGAACACUACAAUU